AUCCAUCAUGCCGCCGUCGUUGUAACUGGACUGCUGGAACCUUAGCCCCUCCCCCUGCCAGAAGUAAUCCCGAAGACGCAGCGCGGCAGCGGGUCAUCAUCUUCUUCCUCAACCAGAGAACCAAUGCAGAUUUACUCUCGACCUCCAAAAAAGUCGAAAGAGCAGAAAGAAUGGCUAGGGGUGAGUUUCAGGCCCGAAAAUUUCAUACCCGGAGUUGUAAUCGGGUUCAUUCUCGGACUUUUGUUGGAUUGGUCGAAGGCCUCCGGUCCCAGCAGGAACACAAAUCUCGGCAAUAGCUCUCUCACUCGGAAGAGUCGACUGUUGUCCAGAAACCAAAAGGAGAAGACGAUGACCCCAGCUGCAGCUAACUCUGACCAUGAGCUCAAAAUGGUUUUGGUGGUAAGGCGAGACUUGAAGAUGGGACAAGGGAAAAUUGCAUCCCAAUGUGCACAUGCUGCAACCGGUAUGUACUCAGAGCUAAUGUCCAGUGAUAGGUCUCUGUUGAGACAAUGGGAGGUCUGUGGGCAGCCCAAAAUAGUCGUGGCCUGCAAGAAUCAGCAAGAAAUGAACAAGGUAAAGGAAGCAGCUGAGAGCAUAGGUCUCCCCACCUUUGUUGUUGCUGAUGCCGGGCGUACUCAGGUCGCUUCUGGUUCAAAAACCGUUCUUGCUGUGGGGCCGGGAAGUAAAUCGGCGGUGGAUUCCAUUACGGGGAAACUGAACCUGCUUUGAUCCGGGAAACAAAGUCGGCUUCGAUGGUGGGAUGCUACUGUGCCUUUCCUUUCUUCUCCAUUUUUCUCUUGUGAGAUCAAACAAAAGAGUUUGCAGUUCUUCACGGAUGAUGACAAGUUCUGGGUUUUCUAUGAUUUAAUUUGUUGUAUUAAGAAAAGAGAUUUUCCAUUUUCUUGGUCUAUUACAGAGCUUAAGUGUGUACACUUAAAUCAGGUAGAUAAAAAAAAGUCUCUCUUUAUGUUUCACACAAGUUUUGUAGAUAAAGGGUGUUUUUGGAACAACUCCAACGUUUAUCGUUAUCGUUUUGAAAAUAUUAUCUAAUAAUAGCGUUUAGCUUUA